CCGGGUUUGGGUGUGUAUUGGUGCCAGAAGGAACUAGAGUAAGAAGGGCUGCAGCCCUGGUGAAAACUUGCUUAAUCCUCCAAUGCCGAGCAAGGAGUAACUUAUAAAAAGCACACCUCAGAACGUUUGCAUUCUUCUCAGCCUGUUAUUUUUAUUUCUUUAUCUGUUGCCAAUGAAUAUGGCUCUUGCCCACAUUGUCAUGAAGAGGACCGUGUUCCUAAUUUUAGGAAGAAACUCAGAUGACAAUUUUAAAGAUUUACCCAAAGUAAGUUCGGACUUACCUUUGGUAUGACUGACAUGGUCUUACUCUCCUAAGACUACCCUGGCCUCAUUUUAAUUCUAAGAAUCAAUGCUUCUUCCAGUAUAAUUCUUCCCGUUUACUGCUUCUUCACACCUAAUUCCUGACUUGGGCAAAUUACUGCGCCUUUCUGGUCGGCUCAUCUUUAAAAUGGGAAUGAUGAAACUUGUCUCAUAGUAUUCUCUUUUAAACAAGAUAUUAUAUGGAUGUAGUUUGCAGAGUUGUGGAAGCGUGGGACAUGUAGAAACGUUUCAGUAAACAGCUUAUGUAUUAUCUUCCAUGCUGCUUCCUAUCGAGUUAGCAAGGUAAUUCUUCAGAUGUAGAGUUUGGCACAUGGAUGCACCUGUCGACCACUAGUAUAGAGUUUCAUCAUUUUGUGCAGAGAUGAAGGAACCACUUUCUAAUUCGUCUUCCUGCCUCUACCUGGUUUUCUUCUACCCGAGUGCAUCCUCUUUUCACCUUCAAAUUUAUCUUCCUAAGGUGCCAGUUCUGUCACCGAAGUGACAUGCCCCAGAUGCUUACCAGGUCUAAUUCAGAUGCCUAAGGUGGGCAUUCAAGUCUCUCCUGUCUCCCUGGUGAAGAUAGGCCAACUGUGUUCUGCCUCGGUUUCAUUUAAAGGAGCCCUGCUGCCAUUGUGGGGCUGCUGUCAGGCCAGCAGUUCCAACCUCCAGCAGCGCCUUGGGAAAUAAAUAAGGCUGUUGGCCCCUCUUCAGAAACCUUGUAAAAGGCCAUAUUGAGUUGGAAUUUAUUUAUUUUACUUUAAAGCUGUUUCUAUCUUGUAGUUUGUUUUUUUUUUAAUCCCUUGUGCCCUUAAACUGGGUUAGUCUGCUGGUUUCUUCAUACUCUUGGACUUUUUGUGUAUAAUUCCAGGAUUAUAUUGAAAUACUGCCUUAUUUGUUAAUAGAUUCUUGAACCUAUCUAAGUUUACCAACCAAAUUACAAACUCUGUAGGCUUCAAAAGUCUAAGCCAUUUUUUUUUUAGCUCCCUUCCUUUCCAUCCCCAAUGUUGUAUUAGGAACAGAGUGUUUGGCACAUAGGCGUAUUGAUCGGUUACUGAGUCACCCUACUGUGUUUCAAUAAUAGGAUAUGAACAUGAUGCUAUUGAUGAUGAAUGUCCACCCAGGUGAUACUGUUUUGGAAGUUGGUUCGGGCUCUGGUGGAAUGAGUUUAUUUUUAUCCAAAGCAGUUGGAUCCAAAGGGCGAGUCCUAAGUUUUGAAAUAAGAAAAGACCAUCAUUACCUGGCUAAGAAGAAUUACAAACAAUGGCGCGAUUCAUGGAAAGUAAGUCAUGCUGCAGAGUGGCCAGACAAUGUGGAUUUUAUUCACAAAGAUAUUACGGCAGCAGCUGAGGACAUGGAAUCCUGUACAUUUGAUGCCGUGGCUCUGGAUAUGUUGAAUCCUCAAGUUGCUUUACCAGCUUUAUACCCAAAUCUUAAACAGGGUGGUGUCUGUGCUGUCUACCUAGCAAACAUCACACAGAUUAUUGAACUUUUAGAUGGAAUUCACAACUGUGAACUUGCUCUCUCUUGUGAAAAAAUCAGCGAAGUCAUUGUCAGAGACUGGUUGGUUUGUCUUUCCAAGCAGAAAAAUGGAAAUUUAUCUCAGAAAGUAGACCCUCAAAUCAACACACCAUUCCCAUUACAUUCUCAAAAGAAACUUGGAGUUGAAAGUGAGAUGUUUCAAGAGGAGGAGGAUGACGAACCACAUUCUGAUUUCCCGUAUGGAUCAUUUCCUUAUAUUGCUAGACCUAUACACUGGCAAGCUGGUCACACCGCUUUUCUUGUCAAGCUGAGGAAGUUCAAGGCACCGCCUCGCUGAGUCGUACCCCCGGUGGGAGCCAGUCGACCGAAGACUAGAAAGUACCAAUAGAACGGAGCCUUGCAGGUCACUGCUCUUCCGCGGCAGCUGAUCUUUGCAGCUGUUACUGUCAUCGGGAGAACGUGUGCGUACAAUUACGAAAAACAACGGAAACUACAGAAUGAUGUACAAUGUUGCGAAGCUGUUUCCCCCUCCCCUUUGGCCGGUGUCUUGCAGCCUGGUAUGCAGUGGUGAGUGCCACACUGAGGUAUGCCAUCUGUGCUGCACUUAACUUAUAGACCACUCCGCAGGUUUGUUUCUGUCUGUGACGUUUGCCGCCGCCUCUUUGUUUGAUGGAUAACCACUGGCUACUGGAA